AUGUCCCUGAACGCGCAUGACCUCGCACAGCUUCGAGCUGCCCUGCAAGAUGCAGUGGUGAAGUGCUCGGAGCGCUGCCUCUACCAGUCAGCAAAGUGGGCCGCCGAGCUUCUCGAUGCCAUACCAGACCCCUCGCACGAGGCACAGCCAGACGAAUCCCCUCCUCCUUCGGUACCCGUUGUUCUGACCGCCAAUCCGGACCCCGACGAGGCCCUUCUUGAAGCGAAGGAAGUCAACAAAUACCUGCUCGCCAAGUCCUUCUUCGACUGCCGCGAGUUUGACCGAUGCGCCGCCGUCUUUCUCCCAGACUCCAUGCUGCCGGGCAUAAUAGACCCGAAGCGUGAGAGUGUCGGCGGCACACCUAGCGGCAAGGGCAAAUCGAGAGCCUCGCAUGAUGAUGCGCCGGCCACUGUCGACGGUGGUGCGUUGCCCAAUCUGAGCCAGAAGAGCCUGUUCCUGGCGCUGUACGCCAAGGUCAUGUCGGGCGAGAAGCGCAGAAACGAGGACUCGGAGAUGGUUAUGGGCCCCCAGGACCUCGGCACCGUCGUCAACAAGCAACUCCUACCUGUGGGCCGCUUCCUCAGCCGCUGGUUCGAGCAGCGGACCACGGAGGAUGGCGAUGUUCUCGGCUCCCAGGGCUGGCUCGAGUACCUUCUGGCCAACUCUCUGGACCAGCUUCUCGGCAUCUUCCCGACCUCCGCAUUCCUCCUCACCUGCAACGCCCUCCUCGCCUACCACGCCAAAGAUCUCGCAGCUGCCGAGCAGCACUUUAGCCGCCUCCUGUCGCUCCACCCCUAUCGCUUGGACUCGCUCGACCACUACUCGAAUAUUCUCUACGUCAUGGAGCUGAGGCCGAAACUUGCCUUCAUAGCUCAUCUGUGCUCGAAUAUCGACCGCUUCCGUCCAGAGUCCUGCGUCGUCGUCGGAAACUACUACUCUCUUCUGUCCAUGCACGAAAAGGCUGUGCAGUAUUUCCGCCGCGCCCUGACGUUGGAUCGCACGUGUCUGUCGGCGUGGACGCUGAUGGGCCACGAGUACGUCGAGCUGAAAAACACGCACGCGGCCAUCGAGUCGUACCGCCGAGCCGUGGACGUCAACCGCCGGGAUUACCGGGCGUGGUAUGGCCUCGGCCAGACGUACGAGGUGCUGGAAAUGCACACGUACAGUCUGUGGUAUUACAAAAAGGCCGCCGGUCUGCGCCCGUGGGACGCCAAAAUGUGGGUGGCCGUCGGGUCCUGCCUGCAGAGGAUGGGCAGGGAACGGGAGGGCAUCAAGGCUCUCAAGCGGGCCCUGCUCGCCGACGCAUACUACGACGUGGGGAGCAGUUUCGGAAGCGGGGAUAUCCUCAGCGGACGGGGCGCAACGGGCCACAUGGACCCGGACGUGCUCUUCCAGAUUGCAUUCAUGUACAACGAGAUGGGCGACAUGGACGAGGCAAAGUCGUACAUGGAGCUCUGCGUCGCACAAGAGGACGGGGGAGCCGGGGAAACGGCGCUGACAGAAUCCAUAGCGAUACACAACGACUCCCCUGGCGCAUCCGACGACGAGGACGGCCAGGACCGCGAGAGCGCGGCGCGCGAAGGAACGGGCGUCACGGCGGCAACGAGCCGUGCGCGCAUGUGGCUCGCGCGGUACGCCAUGGACACGAAUGACUAUGAGGCGGCCGACAAGCUGGCGACAGAGCUCACGCAGGACGGAUAUGAAGUGGAAGAGGCCAAGGCCCUUGUCAGGGAGGCGCGGUCCCGACUGGUGGGAUAUGAGGAACAGGUCCUCAGCCCAUGA